AUGGCGGAACUCUACGCCUUUCUUGCUGACGAAGGGGUCAGCGAGAGCGAAUCAUCGCGACAUUUUCGUGAACACCGCGAUGCCUUCGACAGCAGUGUGACAGAAGAGGAGUUCAUCGGCAAUUUUCGAUUAUCCAAGGCUGCUGCCCGGAAGGUGUGUGACGCCGUUGCUGAUGACUUGCGCCUAUCCCAGCAGUGGCGCAGCACAACUCUGUCAGUGGAGCAGAGAGUCCUGAUGGCACUCAGAUUCUAUGCAACAGGAGCAUUCCUGGAGAACAUCGCCAGUGAUGAAUUCAUCGCCACUACAAAGCGCCCGGUCUCCGAGGCUAUCCAUGCUGUCAGCCUAGGAAUAAUUAAAAAUUUGGGACCGAGAUAUCUGAAGUUCCCGGCAUCCACCGAAGAGAAGGUGGCCAUCAAACGGGACUUCUACGCCAUAGCAGGGAUGUCCGGAUGCCUUGGUGCAAUUGAUGGUACUGCAAUAGCCAUCGUCGCCCCGAGUCGCAGUGACCCCCGCUUUGUUGAUGGGAAUUAUUAUUCCCACAAGGGAUACCACGCCCUCAACGUGCUAGGGAUCUGUGAUGCCAAUCGCAGAUUUCUCCACAUUGACGCCGCGUACCCCGGGAGCUGCCACGACUCCUCAGUGUGGAGCAUGUGCGAAGUCCGUCUGCGAGCACCGAAGAACGUAACACCAACCACAGUAGACGAUUGA